UUUUCUAGCCCUUCCACACAUUCGUAAGAAAAUACUGGUGUAACAACGUGUUGGCUGCUGUCUACAGAUUUUUCAAUCAGGUUAAAUGUGUGAUAGAGCUUUUCCCGCUUAAAGGUUUUACUAUUGGUGGUAUGAACAUAGUAAAGAAAAUUGUAUCAAAAAUGGCAAAUUCACUGGCAUCUCCAACAUCAGUAUUAUCACAUCCCUUUACAGUAGCCGUAGAAGGAAAUGUCGGUAGUGGAAAAACGACUUUUUUAAAUUACUUCAACAAAUUCGACAAUGUUGGUGUAUUUGCAGAACCAAUUGACCUCUGGAGAAAUUGCAAUGGCUACAACCUAUUGGACUUAAUGUAUAAAGAUCCAAAGAAAUGGAGCUUCACUUUCCAAUCAUAUGUUCAAUUAACGAUGCUUAGGCAGCACCAAAAAAAAAUUCACCAACCUGUAAAGUUAAUGGAGCGAUCAUUAUACAGUGCAAGGUAUUGUUUCGUAGAGAAAAUGUCAAGAGAUGGAUUGAUGGCUGCCCCUUCAGUAGCAGUGAUUGACGAAUGGUUUAAGUACAUUACAAAAUUUGAAGAUACGAAGGUCGAUCUGAUUGUUUACCUUAAAACAUCUCCUGAGGUAGCUUAUGAACGGAUUUUGAAACGUAACAGAUCUGAGGAAAGAACAGUUCCUUUUGAAUAUAUUCAAGCUCUACACGAUAUUCAUGAAGAUUGGUUAUGCCGAAAAACUUUGCACAAUUGUGUGGCUCCAGUCAUUAUUUUGAAUGCAGACCUUGACAGGUCUGUUAUUGAGGAAGAAUAUGAACGAUUUGGACCACAUAUUCUGAACAAGAUGCCUUUACAAGCUGAAGUAUUAUGAUUGUUCUAAACGAGACUUAUCUUCAGUUUCUAAAGGCUGUAGUCAAUUUGCUACAACAUUCAAUGGUACCCUGCACUAGUGCGUAUAUAAGUCAGAGUUUAUGGUUCAAUGAUCAUUUAGUAUUUGAGCAUAGACAUUUUUAAUAUUUAUUUUAUAUUUUUAAUAAUAAAAUUAUAUGGGCAACAUACCAGUAAUACAAGAAAUUAUCCCAGAAAAAUUACUAUAAUAAUUUGAUAAAAUCCGUAAAUUAUUAUAAACGAAAGUAAUUGCAUUUACAUUGCCUAUCCUCCUACCCUCGAAAUAAUUCCAAGACCAUGGAUCGAGUAACUUUCAUCUUGAAUUAUAUUACAAGAAUACAUUUACUAUUUAAUUUUGUAAAGUAUGGAAGUGCACAUAUUUUGAUCAAUUGAGUUGGUUGUUCCAGGAAUAUAUAUUGAGAUUAUUGCUAAAAAAAUAUUAAAAAAACCCUCGAGUUCCAAAAUCCAUUUUCAUAAAUUAUGCAAAAAAAAGUCAUGUUCAUUCAAGUUCAGAAAAUCGUAAUUAUCUCCCAAAAGUAUUGAUGUUGAUAGAAUGUGAGCAUGGAUUUCUAUUCCUUUAGGACCAUUAUUUAUAAUCUCUGUAAAAGCUGCCUAGUCUUCAAUUUUUCUACAUUGAAGGAACUGAUUAUUUUUAAGUUUUAAAUUCAUUGACAAUUGAAUAUGGUGUUUUUAAGAGAGAUUUCAGAAAACACAAUUUUUCAAGAAUUUUACCAUUCAGAGUAGAGGAAGUUGCACGUUUUUGUUAAAAAGAUCUUUCAAAUAUAGAAAACAUUGCAUUUAUAUAAUUCCUCAAAACAAUUUAUAAGGAGGCCACUUGAUUAUUUGUCUGGUGAAAGAGAUAUUUAAAUUAUAUUGUACAUAUGCUGUUAUAGAAUCUUGAGUUAAAUUUUCAAAUAGAAUAAUGUUGGAAUAAUAGAUGUAUAUUUUAUCAAAUGACAAUACAUGGAGUGGCUACA